AUGUCCGAUUUAAAUUCUUGGGAAGACGAUCCAGCUGCUCAAGAGGAUUAUCUCUCACGCCAGACACAGCAACUAGACUUAAAUAAUCAGCAAAGAAGCUCAACUGGUACAUUCCGUCCCGGUGCGAAUUCUUUCCAGCCUGGUCAGGCAUAUCAACAAUAUUCCACUGCACCUUACCAAAAUUUAUACGGAGAAGCGAGCAGCCAACAGUUUGGGGGAUACUCACAGUACGGGCCACAAGCAGGCUAUCAGCAAUACCAACAGCCUGGGGGAUAUAUGCCUGGAUACAAUCAGGGGGUUUACAACUCAACCUACGGGCAGCAAUACUCAAAUUAUCCUCACCAACAACAAUCAGCGUCAUCUCAUAAUGCACCUCAGCAGGUUCCGAUAAUUGCUAAGCGUUCAGUUGAAGAAUCAGCAGGCCAACCAAAUCCGUCUAAGCCUACCACAAACAAAGGAGCACCGCCUAAAGUAAUCAGUAUUGGAGGCGAUGUACCCAAGCAAAAAGCCAAGAUUCUCUCUAUAGGACUCAACACUACACCUGCUUCUAAAAAAGAAAAUACAGCUGCCAUGGAUACUAACGCGGCUCCGGAGUCCGGAUCCAAGGUCACGGCAUCUAAAGCGAUAGACAAAACCCCUGAGAACGGGAAAAAUUCAUCUACUCCACCAUCUGGUCGAUCAAGUCCUUCUCGACCAGCCAACAAAGUUUCACGUCAGGAAGUUGAUGCAGUACAGAAAGAAAUUGCUUCAGCAGAUGUGGACAGUGAAACGCUUAAAGAAAUUUACGGUAAAGAACAUGUUAAUAUUAUAUUCAUUGGCCAUGUUGAUGCAGGAAAGUCGACGCUAGGAGGAGCUAUAUUGAUUCAAAGUGGAAUGAUUGAUCAGCGAACUAUUGAUAAAUACAAGAAAGAAGCAAAAGAUAUGGCUCGCGAAUCAUGGUGGAUUAGCUGGGUGUUGGAUCUGAAUAAAGAGGAAAGAACUCAAGGGAAGACAAUUGAGGUUGGUCGCGCUUACUUUGAAACAGAAAAGCGAAGAUAUAGUAUCCUGGAUGCACCAGGUCACAAGACUUAUGUGCCAAAUAUGAUCUGUGGAGCCUCUCAAGCAGACGUUGGAAUUUUGGUCAUCAGCGCACGCAAGGGUGAGUACGAGACAGGUUUCGAAAAAGGAGGCCAAACACGUGAACAUGCAAUGCUGGCCAAGACACAAGGGGUUAAUAAGCUUAUUGUAGCAAUCAACAAGAUGGACGAUACCACUGUUAAUUGGUCGGAGCAAAGAUACAAUGAAUGCAUUACCAAAUUAUCACAAUUCCUAAAGGCAACUGGAUAUAACCCAAAAACCGAUGUCUGCUUUAUGCCAAUCGCAGCACAACAAAUGCUUGGACUAAAAGAUCGUGUUCCAGGAAAUAUUUGCCCGUGGUAUAACGGUCCAUCACUCCUUGAAUAUCUGGAUAAUAUGCCAGCGCUCGAGCGCAAGAUUAAUGCACCCUUCAUGAUGCCUAUAAAUGGAAAAUAUAGAGAUAUGGGAACCAUUGUAGAGGGUAAGAUUGAAGCUGGAGUGAUUACAAAAAGCAUGUCUUUAGUAAUGAUGCCAAAUCGGGAAAAAGUUGAAGCUGCCGCAAUUUACGGGGAGACGGAGGAAGAAGCUACGUCAUCACACUGUGGGGACCAGAUACGACUACGACUCCGGGGCAUUGAGGAAGAAGAUAUUUUGCCAGGAUUUGUAUUAUGCUCACCAAAACGAUUGGUUCACUGUGUAUCGGCAUUUGAGGCACAGAUCCGCGUCCUAGAUCUAAAGAAUAUCCUUUCAGCUGGAUUUAAUUGCGUUUUACAUGUUCACUCUGCAAUUGAGGAAGUUACUUUUGCCGCUCUACUUCAUACCCUUCAAAAAGGCACAGGAAGAAAGAGCAAAAAGGCACCAACCCACGCGAAAAAAGGUGAUAGCAUAAUUGCACGCCUGGAGGUGAUAGGAGGUGCCGGGACAGUCUGCGUUGAAAGAUUUGAAGACUAUCAACAAUUGGGACGCUUCACUCUCAGAGACCAGGGUCAAACUAUCGCCAUUGGGAAAAUCACAAAGCUGCUGACUAACGACGAUAAUGCGUGA